AUGAAACUACUCCCUCUCCUAGUGUUUGUGUCCAGUCUGCUGGACUAUGGCUACACUUCUCCGAACUGCAACAUGACGUGCCAUAAAGAUGCGGCGUGUGAAGUUAAGGGUGGAGUACAAGGUUGCUAUUGCUUCCCAGGAUUCACAGGAAAUGGCAUACUUUCCUGUCACGAUGAUAACGAAUGUGAAAAUGCUACACAACCUUGUGGAGAGAACGCCAACUGUACCAAUACUGUGGGGAGUUAUUACUGCAUGUGUGCAACUGGUUUCAGAUCGAGCACUGGUCAAGAGAAGUUUGUAACUAAUGAUGGAACCUUUUGUGUGGAUAUAGAUGAGUGCAGUGAAGCAGUAACCAUUGCCUGUGGAGAUCAUGCGAAAUGUGAAAAUGUGGAUGGAGGAUAUAACUGCUCCUGUAAGGAAGGUUAUCAACCAUCCACAGGAAAAUUACAGUUUAAGCCAAAUGAUGGCACUUCUUGCCAAGAAAAUCCAAAGGCAAAGUGCAAGUUACAUAAUGAUUGUAUAACUGAAAAUACUACUCAAACCUUAGCUGAAAUUAGGACUAUAAAAGAACCCUUGGCUUUCCUACAAGAAUUCAAUAGGAACACUGUGGGACAACUUUCACCUGUAGAUAUGAUUUCAUAUGUGGAAGCAUUAUCUGUAUCUUACCCAUCACUAAGUACUAUGAAUAACACAAUUUCUGACAAGGAAGCACUUACUAAUGUGACUAUUAAUGUUUUUGUUAACACCGUGAACAAUUUUGUUCAAAAGGAUAAAAUUACAGUUUGGGAAGCACUCCCUACAGAUAACAGGAGAACAAGUCUCACUAAGCUGAUGCAUGCUGCGGAACAGGCAAUGCUGCUCAUGUCACAGAACUUCAAAAAGACAACACAGCUAGAUAUUAAUGCAAGUGAAAUGGCUCUCAAGGUUUUUGCUUUUGAUUCGCACCACAUGAAACACAUUCACCCUCAUGCACACAUAGGAGGAGAUUAUAUAAAGAUAUCUCCAAAGAAAAAGGAAUCACCUAAUUCUAAUGGCACUGUUGCAGUUGUGUUUCUGAGGUAUAGCAAUAUUGGUUCUUUGCUUUCAUCAUCUAAAAACUCCUCAUCGAAAGAUAGUUCAGAGCAGAGAGAGACAGUAAGCUCAUCAGUUAUUGCUGUUGCAAUUAAUUCAAAUCCACCUACACUCUAUGAGCUUGAGAAAAUAACAUUUACUUUAAAGUACAUCAAGACUGCAGAUAAGGAUAUUAAAUGUGCAUUUUGGAACUACUCAGCAGACACAAUGAAUGGCAACUGGUCUACCGAAGGCUGUGAGCUGACACAUUCCAACACUACUCAUACCUCCUGCAAAUGUAAUCAUCUGACUCAUUUUGCUGUUUUGAUGUCUUCAGGCGGCUCUGUUGGUGUUACAAAUUAUAACAUUCUUACACGAAUCACUCAGCUAGGAAUAAUUAUUUCGUUGAUUUGCCUCUCCAUGUGCAUUUUUACCUUCUGGUUCUUCAGUGAAAUUCAAAGCACUAGAACGACAAUUCACAAAAAUCUCUGCUGCAGUCUUUUCCUGGCAGAACUUAUCUUUCUUGUUGGAAUUAAUAUGAACAAUAAUAAGCUCUUCUGUUCAAUCACUGCUGGAUUACUCCAUUAUUUCCUUUUAGCUGCCUUUGCAUGGAUGUGCAUCGAAGGCAUACACCUGUACCUUAUAGUUGUGGGAGUCAUCUACAACAAGGGAUUCUUACACAAGAACUUCUAUAUCUUUGGUUACGUGAGUCCAGCAGUGGUGGUUGGAAUUUCAGCAGCGCUAGGAUAUAAAUAUUACGGCACUACCGAAGUAUGUUGGCUCAGCACAAAGAAUAACUUUAUAUGGAGUUUUAUAGGACCAGCAUGUCUAAUAAUUCUUGUUAAUUUGCUGGCUUUUGGGGUGAUUAUUUACAAAGUAUUUCGACACACUGCAAUGUUAAAGCCAGAAGUUAGCUGUUAUGAAAAUAUAAGAUCUUGUGCUCGGGGUGCUCUUGCUCUCCUGUUCCUUCUUGGGGCUACCUGGAUCUUUGGGGUGCUCCAUGUGGUCCAGGGAUCAGUGGCCACUGCGUAUCUUUUUACAAUUUUCAAUGCGUUUCAGGGGAUGUUCAUCUUCAUAUUUCUUUGUGUUUUAUCUAGAAAAAUCCAGGAAGAAUAUUAUAGGUUGUUCAAAAAUGUUCCUUGCUGUUUCAGCUGCUUAAGGUAA